CAUUUACAAUGACAACACCUAUGUGUGAAGAUGGUGGUACUUUACGAGAAUGGGCACCUCUUGCUAUGCUUCUUCAACAGAUACCUGCAAAAAUUCAAACUGGACUUUUUACACAUAACAUUAACUUUACCUGUAUUGAUGCAGUACCUGAAUUUAUAGCUAUUGGAACUAACUAUGGAUUAGUAUAUUGGUUUGAUAGAAUAAAGCAAGAUUUGCAAAGGCUUCGAUGUGAGAAUGUCAAUUCAAAAAUUACAUGUAUUCAAGUGAUAUCAACAGUGGACUAUAUGGUUGCUGCUGGUAAUGAACAUGGAGUAGUAACCGUAUUUCAAAUACCUAAAAGUCCACCAGAUUCAUUACCAGAUAGCUUGAAACCAAAGCAGAAAAAACAAGUUGAAAGAUACAGCAUAAGUGGUUUACAUAAUAGUGCAGUAACAACAGUCGAGUGGUCUAAGAAUGGUAUGAAAUUAUUUAGCGGAGAUCAAGAUGGUUUAGUUGUACUUACUGAAAUUGAUUUUUAUAUGCAUCUGUCAAAAUCAUCAGAAUUAUUAAAUGAGAAAUAUGCAGUAGUGCAAUUAAGUUAUCAGCAAGGUUUAUUGUUAGUCUCUACAACAUUACGUACAAUAUUGGUAAAUAGAAAUGAGAAUGGAAAGGUAACGCAAGUUGGUCAAAAAGAACGCAAAACGUCAGUAUUUCAUUUAAUUAAUUACAAAUUUUUGAAGAAUACUAGUAUUAUAAACGAAACCGUAAUAAUAACUAUGUGUUCUAGAUUGGGAAGAUUAGGUGCUGUGUUUGGUUGUAGACAAAAUUAUAUACAAGAUUUAGUAAUAUAUGCUAGUAGACCAGGAUUACGUUUAUGGCAAGCUGAUAAAACUGGAACUGUGUUAAAAACGCUUAUUUUUAAGGACGCCGUUCGAUCUGGACAUACAGAAGUAGAACUUUUAAAUCCAGCACCAGAAAGUUGUAAAAAGAAUCGCGGAGAACCUACAUUUGGUGUCAUUUUACCUUUUUGUGAUGACUUGUUAGUUACGUAUAGUGAGGAUAUUAUAUAUGUAGUAAAUCCACAAACUAUUGCUAUAACAUCCAUCAUAACGGAUUUACGUCGUGUUACUAAUGUUGCUUGUACAAAAGAUGAAAUAUUUGUAUUAGAAGGGGAAAGAAAUAUAAUACGUAUUGCAUAUUAUCCUGAAACUAAUAUGUUUUCAUCAGAAGCAAACAAUAUAUCAGAUCCAUUAUUGUCAUUUGCUGAAAUUAGUAAACCAGUUACCAAUGGUAUAUUAGAAAUAACUUCAAAAUUAAUGGAAAGUACGAUAGUGCCAGCUAUUCCUUUCCAUAAAAUGAAUCCAAGUAAUAUAAUUCAGUUUGUAGGAAUUGUACCAAUUGUUACUGUUGGUACUGAUGUAACAUCAGUUACAAAUGCAGAAGAAGCUGUGGAAGUUCUAGCAAUCUCAGAAAAUGUUAAUUCUUCAUUAAUAACAGAUAGUAGUCAAAUAACAGAAUAUAGUGAGGUUUCUAAAAAAAAAAGUAGUGAACAAAAUGAAAAACAUAAUGAUAGGAGGCAAAUAUUUGAAAAAAUUAGUCAACAAGAAUUUGAAGAUGUUGUAUUUACUCCAGAAAGGAAAAUUAAAAAAUCACGUAAUAGACUAAUAAAUGGAAAUGAAAAUUCUUUAUCAUUAACUGACGUUAAUUCGAGCGAUUUGUCUGCUUGCAAUAAAGACAAAAUAAAUGCUAAUGAUGCAAAAACGACGCAUUCUUCUUCAUUAACACUCAGUGUCGAUGAUGACUUUAUAUUAAAAACUGAAAGGAAUCUCGAAUCAAUUCAACGUGAUGUGGAAAAUAAAGAAAAACUUUUAUCUGACGUUUUGGAUUUUGAUUUGUCAAAAUAUAUGACAAGUAGUCAAAUUAGCACUACUAAUUCAAACAUGUCCCAAUCUAUUGAUACGUAUAUAGAUUGUACAAUACAUUCCAAUACUUUCACAGAAGAAAAAAAUGAGCAAGGUGAAUAUAAUGACCACAGUGAUCAUACAGAAACGGAAUCUGGCGAUGAAGAUGUCAGUUAUCGUACGGAAUUAAGAAAGUUAGAAGAUUUAGGUGAAUGCAGAAAAAAACUUUUACAAGAUAAAUUAAAUGAACCUUUACAACAAAUUAAUUAUGUUGAUGGAAAGAAAUUGCUACAGCCAACAGGUACGGAUAAACAUGAAUUAGAAAUUGAAUUUCAUAGUAAGUAUAUUAAAAUUAGUUCUUGAUAUAUAUACGAUUAUAUUUUUGUAAUAUAAAUCGAAUAUAUAUAUAUUUCCAGUUGUACCAAAUGAAUUUAUGUUAUCAACUACACUUGAGGAAGAAGAUUGGGUUUUAGUAAAAAAUGAUAUACCUCCAGUUGCAAUA